AUGGCAUCUCCAAGCCAGGCACAAGGCUCUGCGCCCACAACCCAACCUCUCACCCCACCCGCCGAAUCCUCCGCUGCGAACGGAGUCUCCGCUCCCGCCGCAACAACCUCCCAGACCCAACCUCAUGUCGCGGCGGCAGCCCCUACCACAGCAACACAACCCCCACCAAUCCCCGGGACCUCCACGCAAGAUAGCGGGAAAUCACGACGACCACGGGACGUGCGGCUGGUCCACAUGCUCCUCGCGUCGCUCGGCGUAACCUCCUACCAAGACCGAGUGCCACUGCAACUUCUCGACUUCGCCUACCGCUACACCGCCAAUGUGCUACAAGACGCUGUGCAUCUGGCAACGGAAGGGUAUGCCGCGGCGACGGACGGCGGCGCGGGCGCAAAAGGCUCCGCCGAAGUAAGUAGCGUUUCUCUGCCGGCAUUGCGGUUGAGCAUUGCUUCUCGCUUGCACUUCCAGUUCCAGACUGGGCUACCGAAAGAGUUCCUCAUGGAUGUUGCGUCGGAGCGGAACCGUAUCGCUUUGCCUGGCGUGUCCCGGGGCUUUGAUCCGGCUGGUAUUGCUGCUAAUGGUGCUGCGGGCGCUGCGAAUCAAAGUGUUAUGAUGGGUGGUAUGCGCUUGCCUCCUGAGCGCUUCUGCCUUACUGGUUUGGGGUGGGAUUUGAAGGAUGAGUGGGACAGUGAAGGCGAAGAAGAAGAUAUGCCUGAUGUGAUGCAGCAGCCUGGGGCCGGGAGGGGUGGUGAUGGGACUGGGGAUGGUGAAGAAGGAGGUGAUGAGGAUGAUAAUGAUGGCAAGAUGGAGGAUAUCUUUGGUGAGGAUACCACAAUGGGUGAGGCAGGCGAUGGAGAUGAGGACCGCAAGAUGACUGAUGUAUGA